AUGCGAUAUCUGGAUAGGAAGUAUAAUCACCCACAGGAAAUAAUGGGUUCUAGACGAGAUGCCUCAGCCCUAGAACAAUGCGUCACACAGAUCCGUGCCAAAAAGAAAAAGAUUUGUGAUUGUGAAUAUGAGAAGAAUCAUAUAGCUGUAUGUCAAGCUAUAGAAGAUGUCUAUUCAGAGAGAGAACAAGUUAAAGAAAUUAAAACUAAGUUAAAAGAAAUUAAAAAAACUAGGGGUCAUACUAAAGAUUUUGAAAGUACAGAAAGUGAAUAUAAUGUGGUUGAGGAUCUAACAUGGCAGAGAAAAAGAUGUCUAGAAACAGUUUUAUAUAUUUCUGAAGUAGAAAAUCUCUUCCAAAAUGUGCAGAGUGAAUUUGAAGAGAGAGCAUUAUACCUAACAGAACGUAAACCUGUAUUUGAUAGUGUCUAUAGAGAUGAAGAGGUUGAGUCAUCUUCCCGAAUGCACAGGGAAUGUACAUAUGAUAUUAAGAAAGGUUGGGCCUGGAUAAGUCAUCUUACACACUGUUUGAAUACUCAUGUUCAAAAUGCUGCUGAUUUUCAUCAGUACCAUCAUGAUGUGGCCCAUCUUGAUGAAGAUAUGGAAACCUUUCUCCACUGGUUGAAUACUGAUGGUAUAAGAAAACCUGUUAUCACUAAAGAUCCCCAAGUUAUGAUUGACCAUUUUCGAUUUAUGACUGGUAGAUUAUUAGAUUAUCAAGGUAGAUUAGAUAGAUUAAGAGAAACAGCGCAACAAAUCUGUCCAAUAUACCAUCGUAAAGAAUUACCAGAUUAUCCUGUCACUGCCAGAUCUCUCAUAGACUAUAGUCAUCAGGAGAUAAGUUUAAAGAAAGAUGAAGCGUGUACUGUGUUAGAUAUAUCAGAUGCUGAGAAAUGGAGAGUAAAGAAUCAGGCUGGUAUAGAAGCAGAUGUACCAGCUAUAGUGUUAGUUAUAACACCACCUGAUCCUACUUCAUUCUUAAAGGCAGAAAAAUUACGUGAACAAUUAGUGGUUCAUUGGGACACAACGUUAAAAAGACUUAGAUCACAUUUGAUGCAGUUUAUGGCAAUCAUAUCAAAAGAGACUCAAUCCAGAGAGCUUCAAGGAUUAUCAGCUAGUCAGAAGACAGAGUUUUUAAAAUUAGCCAAUGAUUCUAUCCAGAUAUUACGUGGUCGAGGUGGGGAUGAUACUGAAUAUACUACAUUUAAAUCUCAUAUGACACAGAUACGUAAAACAUUAACACAAAUCAAACCAGGAAAUAAGAUAUUAAAAAAUGGAAGUGUACAGAGAUGGCAUGGUACAGUUCAAGUCUUCCAUCAGUACACGGACCUACUGGCUUAUAUUAAAUCAUAUAAGGGAGAUUUAGCUAGGAGAAUAGAAGAAGAAAAUUUGAUAGUGCGAGAUAUUCAUUCUCCUCAAACUUUCACUUCCAAGGCUUAUUUCGAAAGAUAUUUACCAAUGGUAGAUAUUGACAUGUCUUCUAAACAAACACAAAUUACCAAAGUUCGCUCCCAGCUUUAUAUUCAUGAACGCCAUAAAGGAAAGCGUCCUGUACCACCACCCAGACGUAAGAGGGCAAAUAAACAAGACAUAAAAACAGAGGAACUCUUCACAGAAUCAACAGAAUACUCAGAAGAAAGCCAGACUUUUGUUAUAGUAGGAGUGAUAGAUCCUCGAAACAAGGACAAACUCUCUGUCUUCCAGGCCAUAUCCAAUGGUGUCUUAGAUCAGGUCAAUGGCACCUAUAACAAUCCUGAUACAGAUUACUCCAUUACUAUUCCAGAAGCCAUCAGUAAAGGUUACAUCCUGAUUGAAUUCCGUGAUCCUAAUAUGGUGAAAGGAAGUUCAGAUGGCUUUGACCUUCAGAAUCAACUGGAUUGUAAGAUAUUCGGAAUUACAGGAGUGAUAGAUCCAAGGACUGGAGAGUUGGUUAGUGUAAAGGAGGCUAUAGCUACUGGAUUACUGGAUCUUAAACGUGGAAUUUUCCGGAAUCCUAUCACAGGAGAAGAGAUGUCACUCUUGGAUGCCAUCAAAGCAGGAUACAUCAUUGCUGAUUCUUCUUUCUUUGCUGAUGAAGAUGAAAAUGGAGUGUAUACUUCAGUUAACAUGAUAGAGCUGAAAUACCAGGUCUCAGCUGUUUUAGAUCCCAACACUGGAGAAGAAAUCUCACUCAAAAAGGCCAUACAAGAUGGUAUCAUUGAUGUUGAAAAUGGAUUAUAUUGUAAUCCACUGACAGGAGAGUCUAUGUCCAUUGCUGAAGCUUUCAGACUUGGCUUAAUAAAAGGAUGUAAGUUCGAUCCGAGUAAAGACAAAGAAGAUGAGAAUACAUUGACAUAUCAACAGCUUCAGAUCAGGAAACAAAAGUUUGUUCCUCAAGGAGUUGAUAUCCAAGUCAGUAGUAAAGAUGCUGUAGAUGGUGUCAUCAAACACAAAGAUCCCAAUGAAGUCUUGUUCUCCAAAGUAAAGGAGCAGGUUGAUGCAAAGAAAAAGUGUAUCAAACAUCCUAUAACCAAAGAAGAAAUGACAAUUGAAGAUGCUUUUGAAAAAGGAAUUAUUAAUUUUGCCAAAGCUGAAUUUGAUACUCUAGAUGGUGAGAUUCUUCCUCUUGAAGAAGCAACUGCAAGAGGUUUGAUUGAACCUUCUGUCCUGAGGCAGAUACUGAAAACAUACCAGGAAGCUAGUGUUGGACAGUUGAUUGAUAGUGGUAAAUUUGAUCCUGACACUGGUCUUGUUGUUGACACUGCAACAGGCCACACACUGUCAUUGCAAGCAGCAGUUUCACAGAACAUCAUUGACCCUGAUACUACUUUCUUCUAUGAUGUUCCCACUCAGAGAAUCAUGAGCUUAGGAACAGCUAUUGAAACAGGGCGUUGCAAUCUGGCCACUGGAAAAUUCAUUAAAUCUGCUACUGGAGAAGAGAUAUCUGUCAGUGAAGCCAUUGGAUCAAGUCAGAUUCUGGCUCACAUAAACCCAUCUGAUGUAGCGGAACAUGCUGAGACUCUAUCCGUGCUCAGAGGUGUUAUGGACACGAAGCUGAAGGGAAUCAAAAUCCCAUCAUCUAAAGAACUUCUUUCUAUUGAGGAAGCUGUAGCUUCUGGACUGCUUAAUAUUCCAAUGGUGGCUUAUGUAGAUGAGAGUGAAGCUGAUCAGAACACCCUACAAACAGCAAUCAAGAAGGAGAAGAUUGAACCUGAAUGUGGUAUGGCAUUGUAUAUGGCUUUUCAGAAACUUUCUCUUGAGGAUGCUUUGAAAUCAAAAACUUUGGAUGGAAAGAGAGGAAAAUAUGUUGACCCUCAGACAGGGGAAGCUAUGGCUAUUGAUGCAGCAAGAGAAAAGGGAACAUGGAAUCCAAAUUAUGUCUAUUUUGUUGACAAUGAAACCAAGAAUGUGACAAGUUUAGGAGCCUUUAUGGAUCGUGGUAAAUUCAAUCCAAAAACUGGUAAGGUUACUAGUGACAGAAGUGGUAAAUCUAUGACCAUUGAGCAAGCUAUUGCAGAAGGUCUGAUCAACCCAGUGGUAGAUCCUGAAAGAUUUGUAGAUGUGACCACAACACUUAAGGACCUUAUUGAUUCAGGCAAAGUCAAUCCUCGUUCAACUAAAUUUGUGGCUCCCAAUGGUAUGGAGAUGUCUUUACGUGAUGGUCUAGCUGAUGGACUCUUGACAAUGAGUUCAAAGGUCAAACUUGAUCCAGACACUGGUAAGGUCAUCCUUAUGUCAGAUGAAGAUAUUGUCAAGUCACUAGUGGAUAUCAAGGAGAAUUCAGAUUGGUUAGCAGAGGUUGAGAAGCUCCUAGGUGGUCAAGCCCGACCCAGUGAGAGACUGACUAGAUUAAAACAACAAACAGCAGGCACCAAGAUGAUAAAGAAGAACUUGAAAGCUAAAGAACAGGAACUGCGUCAAUCUGUGAAGCAAUCAGAAGAUUUGAUAGAAAAUAACAAGGGAAAACAAGAGUCUGAUGGAGCUCAACAAUACAAGAAACUACGAUACAAUACUUCAGAAUUGAAAGUUCGACUUGAUUCAGCAGCAACAGUGGUUGAAAGUCGAAGUGAAAAGAUGGAUAAUAUGUGUGAGAAUUUGGAAGCUUUUUAUGGUCAGCUGGAGAAAUUAGAUCAUUGGUUAGAUACAGCUAUAGAAACAACUCAAGAUCUACAAUCCUCUAAUACUAAUAUUGAAGAUCAGUUUAAUGCAUUUAAGAAUUUCUAUGAAGAAGUGAAGACUAAAGAAGAAGAUAUAACUUUAACAUCUAAAUUAGCUGAUAAUUUUGGAGAUAAUGCCCAGAGUUUUGAAAGAGAGUUAGAAGCCUAUAGAAAGUCUCUUCAGUUUAUGCCAACAAUAAAUGAAGAAGUAGAAACUGGUAUUUUGGAUGAUGAAAUAGAAUCUAUUGAAGCUAAAUACAAAGACGUUUCUAGAGAAUGUAACAAACACAUGGAUAGAUUGUCAUCCAUAAUGAAAAAUAAACGUACAUUUGAUGACCUCGAUGAUAGAUUGACAUCUCUAUACCCUUCAUUAAAUGACCAGCUUGGUAAUAUCAAUGAUAAAGACUUUGGUAAGAACCCAGUCAAAGAUACUAAAGAUCUUAAAGAUUUGAAACAAUUGAAAUCUGAUGUACUGGGACAAGAGAGAAAACUGAAAGAUUUAACUCUAGCAGGAGAAAGGUUGACUAAUGGUUUAGUAGAAGCUGGAUUAAAGAAAGAAGCAGCUAAUAUUAAAAGCAUUGUUGAUGACCAUAAGGCCAAACAUGAUGGUCUUCUAAAUGGAAUAACUAAAAAAGAGCAGAAGUUAGAUGCUGCUGUAGCAGAACAACAGAAUGUAAUGGGAAGAAUAGAUGGUAUUGUAGAAACUGUUGAGUCGGCUGAAAAACUUCUUAAAGCCAAACAUCCUGCCAGUCUGAAUAAAGAAAAACUGGCACAACAGAUCCAAGACCAAAGAAUAAUGAAUGGCGAUAUCAACAGUAACAAGGCUCUAGUGGAUAGAUUGUCGCAGGAAUCUCACGAUGUACCAGGUGCUAAUGCCAAACUAUCAGAUGUUGCUAACAGACUUGAUAAUCUAGAACGACUAGCGGACACUAGAACUCAAGAACUGGAAGAUAUUUCUGCAGGAAUCAACGAUUUCGACAAUAAACUUUCUGAAGUUGAUUCAUGGUUAAAUGAAUCCAUACAAACCUUGAAAUCCAAACCAUCUAAAGGCUCCAACAAUAUUUCCAAAGGACAGAUUGAAGCUCUGUAUGAAGAGAAGAAACAGCGAGAAGGAGAUAUUGAUUCUCUGAGGAAAGCAUGUGAUGACUUGAUGAAUGACGACAGAGUCUGUGAUCAUUAUGCUGUUAAGGAAACUCUGGGAGAUGUAGAAACUAAAUGGAAUGAUUUGACAGAAUUUUUGGUACAACAAGUAUCUCUGGAGGCACUAUCAAAGAUUGAUGGAAUGUUGAAAUAUUUGGAUAAAGCUGAAAAUGAGAUCAAUACAGCUGAACCCAUUAGUGUUGACCCAGAAACAUUGGAAGUACAGCUCAGAGAUCAUACAGCCUUUAAUGAGGAUUUGAUUCAAAAGAAAAACGCUGUAAAAGAUAUAAUAAAUAAAUGCAAUAAGAUGUUACGAGAAACAACCAAUUCUCAAACUGAUGAGAUCAAGAGUCGUCUAGAUAGUAUACGAACACAAGCUGAUAUAGUCUGUCAACUUAGUUCCGAACGUUUACAUCAACUAGAAUCAGCUCUUCCAUUAGCCUCACAUUAUAGUGACAGUCAGGCUGAAGUAACAGCUUGGUUAGAUGAAAUGGAAGCAGAAUUAAAAGCUCAAGGCAAACCAGGAGAUAGUCUGGAACAAAUCAGAAAACAGUAUGAUCAUCUGAAGGGAACCCAACAGAUCAUUAAUGAUCAUAAACCAUUUAUUGAUGAUCUGAAUGCUACUGGUUUGGAGUUGAUGGAACUAUGUGGUGAUGAUGAUGGUAAUGAUAUACAAACCAAACUGAUAGACAGCAACCAGAAAUAUGAAGAACUUAAAAACCAGGCUAGACAUAAAGCUAGACAACUUACUGAUGCUAAGAAAAAAUUCACACAAGAGGUUUCGGAUUCACUAGAUCACCUAGUAGAAGAUUUAGCUCAGCUGAAUGCUACAGUCGUAAAUUCAGAUCCUAUACCAGCUGCACCAGAAAAACUUCGGAAUGAGAUAGAUGAAAUGAAAGCUGUUUUAGAGGAUCUAGAAAGACAAAAACCUGAUAUUGAAAAAGCUAAAGAAAUCAGUAAAAAUGUUGCUGCUCAUGGAAUUGAAGAUCCAGUCGAAAUUGAAGAUAUUCAGAGUAAAGUGAGUGAGAUUGGUAAACUAGGAAGCCAGAUACAGACUGGUGCUAAACAGCGAGAAGGACAACUAAUCAAUGCUCUAGCUCUAUCAGAUAAACUAUUUGAUAUUUCCCAUGAUGUGAUGGCUAGUCUACGUGAUCUUAAAGACAAUAUGUAUUCACAAGAACCACCUGGUGUUGAUCCACCGACAGUUAAAGAGCAACAAUCUGAACUAGAGGGUCUAAUGAAUGAGUUGGACAAAGCUAGAGAAUUGAUGUUAGAUUGUCGUCGUAUUGGAGAUGAUUUAUGUGAUAUUUGUGGAGAACCAGGAAAAAUUGAGGUGAAAAAACAGAUUGAAGACUUGGUCAACUCGGCUGAUGAUGUGGCAGAUUUGGUAAAAGACAGACGUGAGGAACUAAACAAGGCUUUGGAACAUGCCCAGAAAUAUGAGGAACUGCUUGAGGCUAUUAAUUCCUGGUUACCACUCUCAGAACAUAAACUUGCAGGUAUGAGACCACCAUCUAGUGAUCCUAAUGUACUAGCUGAUCAGAUGGAAGAACUCAAGUUAUUUAAAUCUAAUAUCCAUCCUCACAUCACUGAUAUGCAGCAGUUAAACCAACAGGUGGCAGCACUGAAAGAUAUGUCACCUGUUGCUGCUGAAGCACUUUUUAAACCUGUUGAGAUUGUUAAUGAAAAAUGGAAUGAUUUGAUCCAUGGCAUAGCAGAUAGAGAGGGAUCUCUCAAUGAUAUGCAGGUAAAAGUUGGCAAAUUAGAUCAUGCUAUGGAUGAUGUUGUUAGUGCAGUAAACAAUGUCCAGAAAGAUCUAGAUAAUAUUGAAAGUCUUAAUGGUGAUCCUAAAUGCCUAGAAACCAAAUUACGAAAAUUACAGCUUCAUCAAGGUGAUAUCAACAACCAAGAGAAGACCUGUAGAAAGAUUAAUAAAGCUGUAGAUGAUAUACUAGCUAGAUCUAAUGAAGAUGAUUCCGCUCUUAAGAAAAAACGUAAUCAAAUGAAUGAAAGGAUAAGAGCUGUUCACGCCAAUGCUCGAGAUAAAGAAAAUAAACUACAAGAAAAUUUGAGACAGGUAAAGCGUUACCUAGGAGAUGUUGAUGAUACACUACAAUGGGUCAAUGAAUUUAGGAUGGAAUUGAAAUUGAACCAACCAUUUGGUGCCUUACCAGAAUCUUCAGAGACACAAUAUGAUCAGUUCUUGAAAAAGUGUGAAGAAAUGGAUAAGCGAGAGAAAACUGUUCAAGGUUUAUUACAACAAGGUCAAGAAAUAAUUGAUACUAGUCCAGAACAGGAUACCAGUCAAAUCUCGGAAAAAAUUAAAAAAUUAAGAGAAAGAUGGAAUGAAACUAGAGACAGAGCCAGAAAACGAAAGGAAAAAAUGGAAGAACAUGGAAAGAAUGUGACUGAAUUCCAUGACACUCUGAAAGCCUUUACUGAUUGGUUGAAUAAUGCUGAAGUCAUGAUGAGAGGAAUGAAAUACCCCAGUAAAUUGGUAGAUGUUGUUACAGGACAGAUAGACAAUCAUAAUAACCUCAAGGCUGAUUUGGAGGCACAAGCAGAGCUUAUGUCAACUUUGGAUAAAUCCGGAACAUAUCUGAAAUAUUUUGGACGUAAACAAGAUACUAUUUAUAUCAAGAAUUUGUUAGUUGGUAUCCGAUUGCGGUGGAAGAAAUUAUUGCGUAGAGCUGAUGAACGUGGAAGAUUACUACAACAAGCUUAUAAAGAAGACAAACGAUUCCAUGAUGCCUGGAAGGACUUGUGUGAUUGGUUAGAUACUAGUGCAACUAAAUUAAGUAAAUUUAUGUCUGGAGGUAAAGCAGAUAAGGUCAUGAAACAAGAAAUGGAAGAACUCAAAAAAUUUGAACACCAAAUCUCAGUAAGACACCCAACAUUUUACUCCACAACGCGACUUGGAAGGAAUCUUAAAGAUAGAUGUACCAAAAAUGAUCCUGAGAGAGAAAUACUACAAGAUAUGUUAGAUCAACUGAAAAACAAAUGGAAUGCAGUCAGAUCUGUUGUCAGUAAAAGUUAUACAUCCCAGUUCAUCUACCCAUUACAUUCUACCAGUUCAUUACCAAAUAUUUCCUUCCAGUUUACCCAUCAUUUCCUUCCAGUUCAUCUACCCCUUAAUAUCCCUCCCGGUUCAUCAUUACAUGUCAUGGGAGGCUUUUUAAGUUUUUUAAGUUAUGAAUUUGAGAUUUCCAUUGCUGUGAGAAAAAAAUAUACAUUUUCUGCUCUUCUUCAACAGAAGAGUACUGAGUGGAGAUAA